AUGGAGAAGGGAAUGAGAUCUCAAAAUGCUCAUUGCUUGGUCUUGCCAUUCCCAACCCAAGGCCACAUUAAUCCCAUGCUCCAAUUCUCUAAACGUCUACAACACAAAGAAAUCAAAGUCACACUAGCCAUCACCCGCUUCAUAUUCAAGACCACCAAGCACCAGCUCUCCGGCUCCGUCACGGUGGAGACAAUCUCCGACGGCUACGAUGAAGGUGGUCGUGCACAAGCAGAGAGCAGAGAGGCCUACUUGGAUCGAUUGCACCAGGUCGGCGAGCAAACUCUGACCAACCUGGUUGAAAAGCUCCGCGACAUAGGCCAACCCGUGGAUUGUAUUGUGUAUGAUGCUUUCUUGCCUUGGGCUCUUGAUGUAGCCAAACGGUUUGGAUUGGUUGGAGCUGCGUUUCUCACUCAAUCUUGUGCUGUGGACAAUAUCUACUAUCAUGUGUACAACCAAAUUUUGAAACUUCCUGUCACGGGACCUAAAGUUCUUGUUCCUGGAUUGCCCCCACUUGAACCUUUGGACUUGCCCUCUUUUGUUUAUGAUUUUGAGUCACACCCACCUCUCUACAAAUUGGUUAUGAAUCAAUUCUCCAAUAUUGAUAAAGCAGAUUGGGUCCUCUGCAACACCUUCUAUGAGUUAGAGAAAGAGGUGGUGGAUUGGAUGGCGAAGCUUUGGCGAUUGAGGACAAUUGGACCAACUAUACCAUCAAUUUACUUAGACAAACGAAUCCAAGAUGACAAAGCAUAUGGUCUGACUAUGUUCAAGCCGAGCAACGACGAUUGCAUAAAAUGGCUAGACGAGAAGCCAGAUGGGUCAGUCGUCUAUGUGUCAUUUGGGAGUUUGGCAGAGCUAGGAAUUGAGCAAAUGGAAGAACUAGCAUGGGGUUUGAGAGGAAGCAACAAGUACUUUUUGUGGGUGGUCAGGGCAUCAGAAGAGGCUAAGCUUCCGAAAGACUUUGUGGAGGAGACAUCAAAGAAGGGAUUGGUGGUGUCAUGGUGUCCACAGAUGGAAGUUUUGUCACACAAGGCGAUGGGAUGUUUUGUGACACAUUGUGGGUGGAACUCUACCUUGGAGGCAUUGAGCUUGGGGGUUCCAAUGGUGGCAAUUCCUCAGUGGACGGACCAAACCACGAACGCCAAGUAUGUCACGGAUGUGUGGGGAAUGGGGCUCAAGGCCAAGCGCGACGAGAAAGGGAUAGUUAGAGGAUCAGAGGUGGAGCAUUGCAUAAGGGAAGUGACAGGGAGAGAGAGAGGGAAAGAGAUCAAAAUGAAUGCCAUAAAAUGGAGGGAAAUGGCAAAGGAAUCAGUGGAUGAAGGAGGAAGUUCUGAUAGAAACAUCGACGACUUUGCUGCAAAUUUAGUAAAUUCUUGAAUCCGCUAUUGAGUUCCUCUUGAAACAAUAAUUUUGCAAUUUUAAGAGUCGUCUGACUAUUGUGGUGCACAAUAAAUAUUGUAAGUCACUAUGUUGCGUUUGGGCAAUUUAAAUCGAUACCUUGA